AUGCACCUUCUCGGGACUCAAACUAAGACUAUAAAAACUUAUGGAAAAAAAUCUAAUGAACGUGUCAUUCCCGUUAACAAGCUAAAUGAUGAAAUAGAUAUUUCAUCUGCAGGUGCACCAAAAAGCUUUGACCUACUUUUAAGUGAGCCAUCGCGUCACGAAUCUAGGAAGCCAAAAAAAGUCUUUGCAAAAGAUUUUACAAAAACAAAAUUUUUCACGUCCUCUGUUAAGUCCUCCUCGAAUUCAACAGUGACUAAAAAUGAGCAAGCACACGUUAAUAUAUCACCACCGGCUUCCAUCGUGAAAAAUGUGCAUACCGACAGGUCAACUCCAACCAAAGAAAAUCAUCGAAUCCGCAUUCCUCUUACGCCAAAGAAUUUAAGUAAAAAUAGAAGUGAAAAGCAUGAGAUAUUAAAAGUAUCGGUGUAUCCUUCUCCGAUAAGAGAUCGGAAUAAGCCUCCAACUCCAUUCAACGAUACCAAAGAAAAUUCACCUCAUGUUGUUCCCGAAAUAGACCACAGGAUUGAGUUUUUAUCUAGAGAAAUACAAGAAAUACAACUUGACAAAUCUAAGAGUAGUUUAAAGCCGCAAUACAAAAAUGAUAUUUAUCAAUCAAUUAACACACAUGAUGUUGAAGUUUCAAUGAGAAAGGUUUCUAAGAUCGAAAGAUCUCUUUACAAUAAUAAGGUGCAUGAAUCAGAAAUAAUGGAGUUACUGACGAUAUGCGAACAAACACGAGUUUAUUCUUUUCAGGAAUUUUUAGGAUUAGAUGGAAUGAAAAACGUGAUUAAAAUCGGAGAAGCUAGUUUUUCAGAGGUAUUCGCGGGUUAUGCGCCAAAAUUCACUUCAGUAAAAACAAAGUGUGUCUUCAAGAUUAUACCAUUUGGACGCGGACCAGAAGUCCUAAUAAAUGGCGACGAACAAUGUAGCAUAAAGGACAUAACCCAAGAAGUUAAAAUAACACGCGAAUUAGGGGGGAGGACUGGACUUGACCCUUUACUGAGGGUCGGUUUCUUGCAAUUAUACAGUGUCGGUAUAUGUCGCGGUAAAUAUCCUACAGAAUUACUUGAUGAAUGGGAUAGAUGGGAUGCGGAGUUUAAUUCAGAGAACGAUCGUCCAGACUAUUUCGAUGUCAAACAACUUUAUGUGAUAUUUGUUGUUGAACAUGGAGGAAUUUCCCUUGAAGAUUUUAAGCUAAAGAAUUGGGAACAAGCCUGGAGUCUACUUACUCAAGUUGGAUGGGCUUUAGCUCAAGCCGAACAG